AUUAUUCCGUAUAACGCAAGAAAAAUCAGAUAUCGAUCAAGAAAGGAGGAAGAAUUUGCCCUUCAUUUUCUUUCUCCGAUUUCAUCACGUCACACGAGCCCUCUCAGUUUUCAUGUCCAACACUUGAUUCCUUGUUGACAUUGAAUUUUUUAUAAAUGAAUCAAUGAUGAUUGAUCCCAUUAUAUAGCGGUUAAUUAGAAUUUGAUGCAUGUGGGUUAGGGAUAUUGUGAGGAUGUCGAAUCUGUACGGGGAUUAUAGCCAAAAGAUUGAUUACGUGUUCAAGGUGGUGUUGAUUGGGGACUCCGCAGUUGGAAAAACUCAACUUCUUGCACGCUUUUCUAGGAACGAAUUCAGCCUCGAUUCCAAGGCAACCAUUGGGGUUGAGUUUCAGACUAAAACUCUCAUCAUUGAUAACAAGACCGUCAAGGCUCAGAUAUGGGACACCGCUGGCCAAGAAAGGUACAGGGCAGUUACAAGUGCAUACUAUAGAGGUGCUGUAGGAGCAAUGUUAGUUUAUGACAUGACUAAGCGUCAAUCGUUUGACCACAUGGUAAGAUGGUUGGAAGAGUUGCGAGGCCAUGCUGACCAAAAUAUUGUGAUCAUGCUAAUUGGGAACAAGUGUGAUUUGGGAAGCCUUAGAGCAGUGCCAAUGGAAGAUGCAGAGGAGUUUGCACAAAGAGAGAACCUAUUCUUUAUGGAGACAUCAGCACUUGAGUCCACCAAUGUUGAAACUUGCUUUUUGACCAUUCUAACCGAGAUAUACCGGAUUCAUGCCAAAAAAUCACUCACUGCUAAUGAUGAUGAUUCAGAUCCCAAUGGGGCUUCAGGGCUUCUCAAGGGAAGCAGAAUAAUUGUUCCCAACCAAGAGAUGGAUAAUGGUGGUAAAAAGGGUCGUUGCUGUUAGCUUUUGUGUAUUUUUAGUUCUUUCUUGGGAAGCACCAUAUUGCUCGUUAUUAUCUCAUUAGGCACCAUCCAUGUUUAGGCUAUGUGUAUUUAAAUUUGUGAAUACAAUCAUAAAAAUUCUCUCUUCUUUCAUAACAAAAUGUUUAGAACAUCAUAAAGAACAUCUGCAUUACAUUUUAUUCAUACAACUGACGUCCAAG